CAGAUGACCGGACAGUCCUGAGUGUGCAUCGCAUCCACUCUGCCUCUCUUCAUCUCCCCUGCUCUCACCCUGUCAAUCGUUUACUCCAGCAUCCACCGAGGCUUCUUCUCCUUCUCAACUUUUUUUUCUUUCUUUUUUUUUUUGACACUCCAGUUGUCUCUUCUUCUGGAGAACAAUGGCCGCGCCGAGCCUGAUCCUUACUUUCACCGUGUGGCUCCUAGCUGAGAGCCUCUUAACGGAGGCGACUUACUACCGGCACCACCGCUACGUCCCCCACUUCUAUCGCUACAGGGAGCACUCGGCCAACGCGGAAAACCUCCUCCCAGAGGUCUCCAACCCGGCGCCUGAAGUGACGCAACCACGCGUGCCGACUUACCCCGAGAUCCCCGAGGUGUUCCACCCGGUACCCGAAGUCAUCCACCCCAUCGCGGAGGCUUUCAACCCGGUGCCUGAGGUGGUGCACCCUGCACCUGAGCCUUACCAAACGCCUGAGGUUCAAGACCUGGUGGCAGAAGCCUCCUCCCCCGUCAACAUGAGCCGGGUUUUCUACGGGAUCAUGUUUGACGCAGGGAGCACAGGCAGCAGGAUCCACAUCUACAAGUUCAUCCAGAAAGACCCGGUUGAACUGCCGGUUCUGGAUAAUGAAAUGUACCACGCAGUGAAGCCUGGACUCUCUGCUUAUAAGGACAAUCCUGAGGAGGGUGGCAACACUAUCCGCCAGCUGCUGAAGAUCGCAAAGAAGACGGUGCCAGAAGAUGACUGGAAGAGGACCCCCGUAGUCCUGAAGGCCACAGCAGGUCUGCGUCUGCUGCCCGAAGACAAGGCCAAGGCUAUUCUGAUGGAGGUGAAAGAUGUUUUUGCGGAGUCCCCUUUCUUCGUGCCAAACAACAGUGUGUCCAUCAUGAACGGAGCAAGGGAAGGAGUCCUAGCCUGGGUCACCGUGAACUUCCUAACAGGUCACUUGUACUCCAACACAAGGAGGACGGUUGGCAUCCUUGAUCUGGGUGGAGGGUCUACACAGAUCACAUUCCUUCCAAAGUCAAAGAAAACGAUCCAGUCCGCUCCCCCCAGUUACAUCGCCAACUUCAACCUCUUCCAGAAUACGUAUCAGCUCUACACACACAGCUACCUUGGAAAUGGGCUGUUUGCAGCUCGACUGGCGACUCUUGGAGCACUGGGAGCUGAUGGACUAGAUUGGAAAGUCUUUACAAGUUCCUGCCUCCCCAAAAAGUUCAGAGAAGAAGUGACUUUUGGAGGAGACACCUACAAAGUUAGCGGGAUUCCAGACGGAUAUGCGGGCUACAAGCUGUGCUACUAUGAGGUUAUGAAGGUAAUCAAAGGAAUAGUGCACCAGCCGUAUGAAGUCAAAGGCAGCAGCGUCUUCUAUGCCUUCUCCUACUACUACGACCGAGCUGUGGAAUCUGGCCUCAUCGAUGGCAGCCGAGGUGGUGCAGUGGAAGUCAGGGAUUUUAAGAAGAGAGCCAAAGAAGUGUGCAACAAAAUGACAAAAUACCGUGCAAUCAGCCCCUUCCUCUGCAUGGAUAUGACAUAUAUCACCUGUCUGCUAAAAGAGGGCUUUGGCUUUAAGGACAGCACUGUGCUGCAGCUGGCCAAAAAAGUAAACAAUGUGGAGACGAGCUGGGCCCUGGGAGCAACCUUUGACUACUUCAGAAACCUCAACAUCCACUAAGGACAGCUCGCUGUCUCUGCAGCCGGCACUGAGAGGGACAGUCUGUCACUGUGGGGCUUCCCAUCCUCUGUACACCAUCGAUUGGCCCGUCCCCUUCACAGACACACCUGCUCCCCCCCCUUUUCUUUCACUCGACCUCAGCACCUAAGAACUGAUGAAAAAUAAGAAAUCACUAUAUUUUUAUAAGGCCAGCUAUUUCUACUGUAUGUUGAGCUCAUGACUGGUGGGCUGACUUUAUUUUUUGUUCAAAGGUUUACAUUUUUUUUUUUUUUCUUAUGGGUGUCCGAUCAGGUGUGAGAUCUUUCUCACUGUAAGUGUGAAGAGGAUAGUUCAGAAGCAAUACGACCAGUCAUGGUAUUUUGGUGCUUACUGUGGUCCUGGUGUGCACAACAGUGCAGUUGUUUUAUUUACAAACUGGUUGCUGGAAGUGCAACUGUAGUUUUGCCUGUAAAUGCUUAAAUAUAAAUCUCCUUUUAUACUCAGUAAAUUAUUUUUAAAGACCCUUAUGUAGUGGGAACUGUACUCCCCUCACCUGAGACUUUUUUUGGAAAUAGGGGAGUAUGAUAACCGUACUUCCUACCCUCAAACUUCGCACAUUACACUUUAACCGCAGAUAUUGUAGCUAAGACGUGAUCAGUUACUUUGAUGUCGACUAAAGAGUUUUACAUAUUCAUAAUAAAGAAGCGUUGGAAAGUGAGAACUAUAUAGAGAAGCCUCUCACAGUCUGAGCUGUACAUGUAUGAGGGUAAUGCCUGUACUUUACAGUUCAGCACAUUAUUUCUUGUUGUGUCUACAGUGGAAAAGACCUUAUCAAGCACAGCUUAAUUGCAGGGGCCUCAGGUCUGAGCUGUAUUUGAGACGAGCAAUUGAAAACCUUUCAUCAAGACUAGAUAGUGCAUCCAACAAGAUAAUUGACAGCCAUUAAAUGCAGCAAGUAUGAAAACAAAAAUUAUAUCAAAACCCACAACUCCUUUAUUCUCUGCUGGUUGUUUCAAACAUUAGCAUUAUUGAAUUCUGUGUUAUUUUUCUUGUGAAAUGUACAAAUAUUUAUAUAACUGGAUGUUUUUCUAAUGUAGAAUAUUUGAAUUAUCCUCUUUAUAAUAACUCCUGAGCUUUCUCUUCUGUAAGCCUUGCCUCUGCUGUUUUUCCCCCGUAGCCAACACGUUCAAUAACUACUGCUGUAAAUACUUAAUGUCAACUCCUACUAGACAUAUAUUUUGGACAAGAACUGCUUUUUACAUUGCAAAAGAGCUUUAUGCUGCACCACUGCUAAGAAAUGCCUCUAUGUACAUCAAGAUGAUUCAUCUGAUGACUGACAAUAUGUAAAUGGUUGUUUUUACUAAAUCCAGUGAAAUGUGUGUAUACUAUACAGGUAUGUUUGAAUAAAAUAUGAAAAAUA